AUGGGUGAGCAACUUAGCUUCCGCGGCCACCUCAAGGGCCACUCCGAUUGGGUCACGUCGAUCGCGUGCCCGAUCGACAACAGCGAUUCUAUCAUCUCAUGCUCGCGCGAUAAGGGCAUCAUGUCGUGGUCGCUCACUCGCGACGCCGCCUCCGCCACGGGCGUGCAGCUCGCCGGUGUGCCCAAGCGCCGCCUCACCGGCCAUGGCGGUUUCGUGCAGGACGUCGUGAUCUCAUCCGACGGUCAGUUCGCGCUGUCCGGCUCGUGGGACAGCACCCUCCGCCUGUGGGACCUCAACACCGGCGCCACCACGCGCCGCUUCGUCGGCCACACCAAGGACGUGCUCAGCGUCGCCUUCAGCGUCGACAACCGUCAGAUCGUGUCCGGGUCGCGCGAUCGCAGCAUCAAGCUGUGGAACACGCUGGGCGAGUGCAAGUACACGAUGAACGACGCGGACGCUCACCAGGGGUGGGUGUCGUGCGUGCGCUUCUCGCCCGUCAACACUCAGCCCAUUAUCGUCUCCGCCGGCUGGGACAAGGUGGUGAUGGUAGGAAACCUGACCAAUCGCAAGCUCAGGCCUUGCUCCGCCGCUAGCUCCGCCCGAACCCCCUGUCCCCUUUCCCUUCCCAAUCGCGCUUCCUUCUUCUCCGCUCGUCCCCCCCCUUCCCCCCGGGUGGUGGUGAAGGUGUGGAACCUGACCAACUGCAAGCUCCGCCAGAACCUGCUGGGCCACACCGGCUACGUCAACACGGUGACCGUCUCCCCUGACGGCUCGCUGUGCGCGUCCGGCGGAAAGGACGGCGUGGCGAUGCUGUGGGAUCUGGCGGAGGGCAAGCGGCUGUACUCGCUCGACGCGGGUGACAUCAUCCACUCGCUCUGCUUCUCGCCGAACCGCUACUGGCUGUGCGCCGCGACGCAGUCGUCGAUUAAGAUCUGGGACCUGGAGAGCAAGAGCCUUGUGGAUACCCUCGUGCCUGACUUCGAGCUCGUUCGCGCGCGCGCCGGCGCGGAGUUCAAGGGCCAGACACCGUACUGUGUGAGCCUCAACUGGAGCGCAGAUGGAGCCACCCUCUAUGGUGGUUACACUGACGGUUACAUCCGCGUCUGGUCCGUUGGCCGGGGCUUCUAA